CCUGAAAACUCCGAAAGAGUGUCUACGUCAUUGGGCACGGAUUUCCAAAAAUUUACACGUAUCUUUAACAGAAAUUUUCAUGCGCAUGAUUUUGUGUGCGCACAUUAUUACAUUAAAAGAAUUCAUAAAUAAAAUAAUUUGUCAAGUACAGUAUUUUAUAAUAUUUAAUACAGUAAGACUCAAGUUAUCUCAACUGACCCAUUACGUGACUAUUAACGGUUUCGAUACGUGAAGUUACGUAUUUGCUAUGGAAUUUUCGAUAAUAAAUUGCGUUUUACAAUUAUGAAUCGUCAUUAAAUAAUCCUAAGAAAUGAGAAUGAACGAUUUGUUAGUUAAGAAAAUUUGCCAUUACUAAAUAACGUAUUAAGUAACCUGCUUUUAACCCACUUAACGUUCAUUAAUAAUUGUGUUAAUUAUACAGAUGUCCUAGAAAACUUGUAUCUCAAUUAGAUAAAAAUACGCUUCAUUAUAAAUAUAUCAAGAUUUUUUAUUAUAAUCAUAUUUAGCCCCAGAAGUAGGUUUACAGAUUAAUAUGUUUUUAUACUUGUCUUCUACAAUUGUGUAUUUAAACGUUUCAAUCUGCCUUAUUUAUUUUAAACUCUGCCUCUUUAAUAAGAAGGAAUUGCUUAGGCCUUGGCAAUGAUCUAACUCUUAUACAACUCAAUUUUUGUUAAAUUAUUUUUGAUUGUGGAAAACACACGAGAUUCCAGUUUCGUAACGUGCUUUAAAACAAACUUGCAGUAAUUGCAGAGUAAGUAAAAGAUAAUCGCGAAAGCGGCAUUUCCUUUGUAUAUAUAUAUAUAUGUAUCAAUACAUUAAUUUAAGGCCUUUCAUUUUUAUUUUCUCUCAAAUGUUAUUGGUGCCGCAGCGUAGAAGUGAAAUCAAUAUUUAAAUUUUUACCCCUUAACAUUUAUGAUCCAGAGGAAGUAUGCAGACACUCAAUGCGACGAUUACCUGGAGAGUAACUGUAUUGCUGCUUAAAAUAAUUUUAAUAUUGUUUUUUCCAUCACAAGAAUUCUUUCCCUGUAACUUACCCUCUUUGCAUAAUGCGAUUACAAGUAAUUGAUACUUUUGCUGCAAAAUCCAAUAAUUGACAACAUGCAUCCGUCAUUAUUAGUUAUCAUUUUCAGUGAUCGACAUUCAUCUGAUUUAUCAUUAGCAGUGACAAUUCGCGCAUAAUUAUUUAUAAAUAAUAAUGGUCUGUCGCGCUGUCGGGACGAUGGCGACCGGUUUCCACAUCCUGUUAGACUGAUAUAAUCGAUCCAGGAUAAUCGCAUUUACUCCGACGUUCCCUGGCCCCCUUAAAGCCGCGGACGAAGUUGAAACGCGUAUUUUCCGAUCGAUUGAUCAGGCUAAUGCUAACAAACGAUUGAUUAUCGGGUAGCCAGCAUCAAAUUAGUACCUUCUCAAGUCGCGUUCACGGAACUUCCAUGCGCAGCCGUGUCAUUCAAAUCGAAUCAUAAUCAGCAUGAGUAGUAAUAAGUAAAAUGUCUUAACGCGAUGCACCGUCUUUCGUCUACGGUGUUAUUAUUCGUUAGUCAUGGCGCGACGUGACUCAGGUUGCACGUGUUUUCUCAUUAAAUGAUAAAAAAACAUUCUGUUCGAGUGAAAGAUGAGCGGAAAUGUCGGCGGAUUGACGAGAACGUCUCUUCAACGCGAGCACUGCGAUUACAAUGAUCAGCCGAUGUUGUUCGCGUUGCAGAAACUUGUAUUUUUAUUUAUAAGUUAUUUAUAUGACGCAUGCAACUGGCCAGAUUUGUGUAUGAUGUCAUGGAUUUUCUGUUUUCGAAGAUAUCGCAUAAUCUUCUUCUUUUUAUUAAACUUUUGCAAUGAAGGCGUGGACGUGGAAGACGUAAAAAUUCUUACUUUCAAGCAGUUCUUUCUUAUCUCAAAGAGUUUCGUGGUCGCUUGAUAACAUCACACUUGGAUGUAAUAUCUAUGGUGAUGUCGUCCGUUUUCCGAGUUACCGUUAGGUAGCCCAGAGAUUUUAUCGGCAACUUGACCAAGCACUCUCAAUACGGUACCAAAACUCCAAGUGUCUGAUAACUUUUCCUAAUGUCGAUGCUUCCUAGCCUUGCUGGUCAAAUUUUUUGUUUUUCAGAUGAUCGACUGACGCGGCUGUCCGGGAAAUACCCAUCGUGAAACUUGAUUAUCUCCUGCGCAAUAAUCUGACAGCCGCUUCGCCUCUUCGUGAACCUCCUAUUGUUCUCUCGCGCUCCGUCUUCGGGGAUCCAGCGAAGCAAGCGUGACUACCAUGGCCGAGUGCGCACUCAUUUCUAGCAGGUUCUACUUUAAUCUGUCAGAAUCGAUGGACAACCACAAUCAUAUUCAUGGUGCAUCGUGAAAGAUUUGCCGAAAAAUUAUAUUUUUUGUAGAGUUAAAUAAUUUAUUAGAGAGUCGAUGAAUUGUUUUAUAAAUGUAACAGGUUUUGAGAAUUGGAGAAUCUUAUUGACAAAUUAUUGUAAGUCGAAUCUGUAAUUAAUAUUUAAGAAUUAAAUGAUAUAGAAUAAUUCUAUAUUAAAUUAUAAUAAAAAUGGUGGGAUAUUUAUACAUAUAUAAUUAGUAAUAGAUGAUGUAUCUUAAUAAUUUACAGAUUGUAAAUUUGUAUAGAUAUUUUAUGUAGUCUUUUAUAUUUUAUAACUCAUUGUCUCUAAUUACGGCUAGUCAAUGUAAGGGACGGAUUCGUGUGUAACGCAAUAAUUGAGGAUUAUUUCAAAGAAUUUAAAUGCAUAAUGAACCUCUCCCGGAUAUCCGUCACGGCAGCAGCAAACGUUUACGAAUGUAUUUAUCUAAUAAAUUUAUUAUGCAUUUCUCAUUUCAGUAUUAACAUGUAAAACAUGAGAUAGUAGAACAAUAACAUAUACAUAUAUAGAAUAAUAAAAAAGUUAUUAUAUAUUCUUUUAGUGUCUUUGUUUCUUCAGGAAUCUCUCAAACGUAUUCAGAAAUUCCGAACUAAUCUUGUUCCUUAAAUUAUCUUUGAAGCAUUAGCAGGUAAGGCACAUCGGCCCUUUCUCGAAUUUUUACGAUGCAUCUGGAAUGCAUCGUAGGAUAUAAUGACUAAGACUGGACUGCAUUUUCGACCACAUACCUGGGAUCGAUAAAAGGCCCUUAUUAUCUAAUGGUGCAGGACGUACACUUCCGAGCCUAUAUAAGUCGAAUAUACUUCGUAGGAAAGCUCAGUAAAAAUCAUUCCACUCAAGUGUUUACUUGUAGUUUAAAUAAUCCUGUUAAACAAAAUCAUGAAGUGGGUUUUGUUGCUGCCGAUACUCUGCAUUCUGCAAGAAGUAAAAAGUAUGAGUCAAUAUAUUUUACAUUUCUGCUUCUAUUAAUGCGAUUACAGCUGUCUUUUAAUUCACUGUCUGGAACAACUUAUUUAUGUAAUUGAUUAUAAAUGUUUUCUGUAUGCGAAAUCGGAAAUCAGUACAAUCGUUAAUUAAUUAAUGUUGGAAAAAAUAAAAUAACGUUAAAAAAGGGAAAGAACAUUAAAUACGAAAGAAGAUACGUCGCAAAAAGGAUUCCGUUUGCGAUCACACGCUAUACGGAUACAAUAACAGAAAUAUUAUUAUAGCAAAUAAUAUAUUCAUUAAAUGAAUGAGUAUUCUGUGAAUCAUACAGUGCCACAUACGCAUUUCUUAUAAACCGCAGAUGAACAGAUUCCUCAGCGAUGCAUGAUCAAUUAUGCACGAGAAAAUAAUUAGUUUCCUCGAUUUAUGUGACUGUAAUUGAUAUAAAUCAGUAUAGUAAUAUUAUACCGACUAAUAUCCUUGUAAACGUCACAUUAAUGAACAGAAAUAUAUUUUUUGAUUAAUGAAAAGUUCUAUAUAUAUGAAACUUUUAUUUUUAAUAAAGUGGGAAUUAAUACAGACUUGAUGACGUAGGCUAUCCUCAGUACAACUGCGCAGAAUGCAAUCAACACAAAGUAAGCGCUCGUGCACAGCGUGUCGAAGAUUCAAUCGUACCCUUGUUCGAUUCCCAGCGCUCAUGGAUGCCGAGAUUUGCAUUGUUACCAUCUUUAAGCGACACAUUUAACACUACUCUUGCUUAUAUGACGAAAAAGUUGGAGCUGUUGGAGGAAAGCUGCAAGCAAAUUACUGAACAUUUAAAAGAGGUCGUUAAUGAAUUAUUGCUUAAUAAGAAGAAGAAUAAGAAACCAGUAACGUCUGAGAAUAGCGUAUCAACCGACAACAAACCGGAGGAUUUAAAUCAAAUAAUCCCUAAGCCAGAUCACGAAUUGAUUGUCAAUCAAAAACCUGUAGCAGUGAAAGAUGACAAGAAAGGGAAACCUAUUAAACAAGGAGAUAAGGAAGAUAUUCCUGCACUCAUAAAAAACGAGAACACAAUUGCGCCAUCGUCUAACGAGAAUACAGUGUCUACUAUAGUGCCGACGAAUCAAGCGGAAACGACAAUUAAGGAAAACGGUCAAACGGAAAAACCUGAAACGUUGCACGAAAGUGAGAAGUUGGAAACGAUAUCAUCCUCCGAAGAAAAGCCACAAUCAGAAGUGUCCAAACCCGACGAAAGCGAAAAGGAGAAUGCGCAAGAGGGUGAUAACAAGGAAACGAUGGAAGAGAAGGAUUCGUGAAGACGUCGACAGUAUUAAAGAAGUUUAUAAAAAAGUUAUUUAGUUGACGCUAGAAAAUUAUGGAUUUACGUUGUAAAAUCUUAUUACAUUAAUUUUAAUCGAAAAAUAAUAAUUGAAAUAAGUAAGUUAUAGCAAUUUUAAAUGCAUUAAUAUAAUAAACUUAAAAGAACAAUAGUCUAAUAGGAUUUUUAACAACUAAACGUGCAAUCGCGUAUCAUAAUCUCGUGGUACUUGUAAAACACAAUGCAGUAAUUUUGUAUUUCCUUAAAGUUUCUUAUUUAAGUACUUCUUAACUUUAAACAGCUUAUAGUUCUCCAAGUAAUUGUUAAAAAUUAUUUAUAAGAAAAAUCUUUUGUUUCUCAAUACUCACAAUAAUACAUAUUUAUAAUAAUAAAUACUUUUAAGUUUAAAAUUA